AGACUCAAUGCACUGAGGCAUUUUGUAGAAUCCAAUUUCAAUGCGGAAGCUGAAAGCCGCUGUCUCCCUAAUCACAGCCACCGCUGCUACUGGCGCCACCUUCCACGCGUUCGACCCUAAUUCUCUCUCCGACGAUAUCCUCCACGGCGUCGUUCGCUCUUCCCGCGCAAUCUCCACCAUUGCAUUGACCGCCGUUGACUACAAGCUCACCUUGCGUGGACUGCCGCUGGACUCCGAUGAGUAUCGUGGCAUGCUAUCUGAGGUCCAUUCUCGAUCAGCUUGGAGAAUUCUGAAAUUGUGUGAAGCCAACAAAGGAUUUUAUGUGAAAGCUGGUCAAUUUGUUGCAGCUCUGCGUCAGGUUCCAAAAGAAUACUCAUCGAUUCUUUCCUCAUUACAGGAUCAGGCAGUUCCUUGUCACUUCAAAGCUAUCGAAGAAGUGCUAAUUCGUAAUCUGGGGCGCAAGCUUUCAGAUACGUUUAUGUCACUGGAUGAACAACCUUUGGCUGCGGCAUCAAUUGCUCAGGUACACAAAGCAGUUUUGAAGGAUCAUCAAGCAGUAGCAAUCAAGGUGCAGUACCCUGGUCUGGAGCAGCAAAUGAAACUGGAUACUACAACGAUGUAUUUCAUUUCAAAAUCCAUUACAUGGUUUUUCCCAGAGUACAGAUUCGGAUGGCUGGUAGCAGAGUUUGUGCAGGCUAUCUCUCUUGAGCUUGAUUUUAUUCAAGAAGCUGGAAACUCUGAGAGAACUGCCAGUAAUUUCAAAAACAACAAAUGGAUAAAGGUUCCUCGUGUAUUUUGGGAUUUGACAACUAAACAAGUUCUGACAAUGGAGUUCUGUACUGGACACAAGGUUGAUGAUGUAGACUAUCUGAAGGAGAGGAAAAUCGAUCCAGUGAAGGUGGCCAAAGUACUGUUGGAAAUGUUUGCUGAAAUGAUUUUUAUCCAUGGUUUUGUGCACGGAGAUCCACACCCUGGUAAUAUAUUAGUAUCUCCAGAUGGGCAGAAUGGAUUUUCUUUGGUCCUUCUAGACCAUGGAAUAUACAAACAACUUGAUGAUAAAUUUAGGUUGGAAUAUUGUCAACUCUGGAAGGCUUUAAUUCUUCUCGACUCAAAAAAGUUACAGCAUUUGGGUGAACAGUUUGGUGUUGCAAAGUAUUCUAAAUACUUUCCUGUCAUUUUCACAGGAAGAACUGUUGACAGUACAUCAGCUCUUGGGAAGGGAAUGUCAAUUGAAGAGAGAAGUAAAUUAAAGCAAGAGCUCAAGUCGCUAAAGAUGGAGGACAUAUCUUCAUUUAUGGAAUCUUUGCCAUCUGACUUUCUCACAAUAUUGCGUACAGACGGACUAUUGAGGUCUAUUGCUAGUAAGUUGGGCGCUUCACAAAGAGUCAGGAUACUACUCUAUGCCAAAUAUGCAUUAUACGGUCUUUCCCCAAAUUUGAAUCCAGAAUAUGAUUUCGCUAUUAAAGUAAAGUUCUCACAAUUGAUGGCGUAUGUGAGUUACCUUCAGCUAAGGCUUAUUCUUGAGCUGCUUUCUUGGAUUGCGAAGGUCAAGCAGCUUCUAUUUAGUUUGUAUGAAAAGAUAGGUGCAGUGCUGGUGGUGUGAGCAAAAUCUUGAUUUUUUGUGAAUGAUAUCAACCUAAAGAGGAGGUGGUUUAUUCAUGAAUUGCCCAAUUUUUCGUGUCUUGUUUAUUCUGCGUAAGAAGUCCAUCCCUAUUCUGUGUAUGACGACAAUAUCUCGUUUUUAGAGCUCGGCGCAACAAUUUGCAGCCACCGGCGACUGAGGACGAGCUCCGGUCGAUGCUGAAAACUAUGGUUUGCAGAAGCUGGAACAGUUUGGUGUCAAUGGAGUCUGAAGAAAAUUCAAAUGAAGAAAAAGAAAGUCGAUCAGUUUCCAUGUUGCUAGCACGUUUAAUUAUGAUUGGGCUCUCAUGUGUCAUGAAUCUGAUACCCAUUGGUCCCCUUCAAUCUCUUAUUUUACAAUCUA